AGGCCACAACUGCCAGCAGCAGCAAAGACAGGAACCGCAACCGCGAGCCGGUGAGAAAUGGAGGGACGCCCCCGCGGCGGCGGCGGCGGCGGCCGGACGGCGAUGGACUACUCGCUGGCGGCGCUGAAGCUGUUGGCCUCGCAGCUGGCGGGCUCCACCACGGCCCCCUCCUCCGAGGGCUCCUCCCCGGCGCAGAUGCUCUUCGGCAUCCGCUUCCAGCGCGCCUGGAUCCAGGGCGUGGUGGUGCGCGCGGACUACAGCGUCGGCGACGGGAGGCUGUUCGUGGAUGACGGCUCCUGCGUCACCGAGCUCAUGCUCCGCCCCGAGGAUGCCAAGGGCCAGCCCUGGCGCCCAGGGAUGUAUGUGCUGAUUAUUGGGGCGUAUAUUGCACCCCAGUCUACGGAAAGUCUGCCGAUGGUCAAGGUGCACAAGAUAGUGGAUCUCUCUGCGCAGCCGGACCGUGAAGCGAUGUGGUACAUGGAAGUGGCCGAGGCUUACAACUUCUUCUACAAGGCUGACGCCUCUGGUGCCGGCUCACCGCCGUGAGCACUCCUUGGUCUCUCCUGAUGAUCCGUUUCAGUGCAGCGCCCUUGACAUUGCUGCCACUGCUCUGUUCCUCAUGACUGCUACACUGUCGUAGAUUGCUGCUGGUAACUCAUCUCAGAGAAUGCUCUGCUUUCCUUUUGCUGCUGAGGUCGGCAGUCCAUAUGGGCUUAGAUUUUAGGCUCGCGCAUUUCUUUUCGAAGCUUUAGCCGAACUUUUCUUCGUUGUACCACCAUAGCUUCACUUGCAAUGGAAAACAUAGAGAAUUUUUUUGUG